AUGAGCGCAACGACGCACGAGACGGAGGAUUCACACAGCAGCAGUGCAAUGGCCCCAUCGUCGCCAGCCAGCAGUACAAGCACACAACUCCCCGUCAUCCCAGCAAAAAGCUAUCGACGUGCUGGCUACCUGAAGCCUGCUGCACCUGCGCCUUUUGCAGCGAGUGCACGCGCGCGUGAUUCAGUCAUGAGUUUGAAGGGGAUUGAUCAUCUACAGCAUUACUUUGCGCGCGCCAAGACAGCAAGGCAGUUGCAGCAUCGCGCAGGCGGUCCUCGUUUACCGCCUGGACAGGUGGGUAGACCACUUCAGGGUAUGUGUGCAGAUGAGCGUGCAUUACGAGAGCUACACGAAGAUGGAGACGUGGACAUAUUGGAGGAAGCGAAAGAGACACCUUUGCCGCCAUCACCCAUCUUACACAGCUACGGACGCAGCGUCAGUGGUGAUGUGGAUCCACGCAGACGUCGUGCUGUGCUGCAUGACCAAACAAGCCUUGCAUCACGCGCAAUCGCAAAUAUAGAUCAAUCUCAACUUGACCCAGCUGCAUGGCAGGAAAUGGAGUCGCGCGUGACGAGCUGUGUGCGUGCAGCAAGGCACUAUGCAACUGCAAUGCCAACACAUCAGCUCGACGUGAUGUCUGCUGGUCAACGACACAUCUUUGGUGAAGGUGCUAUUCGCGUCAUGACAUGCUUGAGUCUCCUUGCCAGGAAUCACCAGCUUGACUCUGCAGAAAUGGGCGAGGUGCAAGCUUGGGUUGCGCAAAUCGAUGCAUUCAUGGAGCAGGAAGACGCUCAAUCUCAAGCACGCGCUGCACUCGCUUGGCUCAGUACACCAUCUGCACCCACUGAAUCGCAGGAAGAGGUCUGGCAACGACAUCAUGCCUUUCUCGUCUUCCAUGAUCUCGUCUCACCGCCACUUACAAGCCCGUUGGUGGAUCAACAAAGAUUCUUGAUGGAACUGCGAACAGGACUCCGUUUAUGCCUCAUCUUCAACCAUUUCGUGCACAGCUCAACAAAACCUUUUGGUGAGAUAAAACAGUGGCAUACCGAUACGAGCAUUCAAUGGCGCGUCACGGACAACUUGACCUGGUGGCGCUCCGCUAUUGCGUACCGUUUAGGAAUUGAGACGGACCUCGAUCCAAAGCGCGUGUAUGCAUUUGACCAUGAAGGGCAGGCGCAACUCCAGCGUGCAGUGUCUGCAUUCUGCGAGCGUGCCAUUGCAGAAGUGAUACAAUCAUUGCCAGAUAAUGACACGAGCGUCAAGCUCGAUGCAGAGAUUGAGAGACUGCAACUCUAA